AUAUAUAUAUAUAUACACACACACGCAAAGAGAGAGAGAGAUAGACAUACGUAUGUUGACAAGAGAGAAUUCACAGAAACGUUUUCAUUCCUCUCCUCUUAGUACUCCCACUUUCUCUCCCUUUUCCUUAUUCCUUCUCCUUCCCCCUCUCUCUAUCUCCCUCUCCCUCCCUCUCUCUCUCUCUCUCUCUCUCUCUCUCUCUCUCUCUCUCUCUCUCUCUCUCUCUCUCUCUCUCUCUCUCUCUCUCUCGUUAUCGUUCAUUCGUUCGUACGUUCGCUCUCGCUGUUGCCGCGUAAAACAUAAACAAUAAACAUAGAAACGUUCAAGAAGAUCAGAGAAACCUUAGUAUAUAACAAGUUACCGUCACGAUCGUAUCUCAUCGGCUUUCUUGAUCGCAUGUCGGAUUUUAAACUUUUAUGGAAGACGGAGUAUGUACUCUAUAUGUCUCUCGUUUGUUAAUUCGAUCGUCAAAGAAUCGACACGAAAUAUACGAAACCGUGCGUCUUCCUUUUAUUAUUAUUAUUAUUAUUAUUAUUAUUAUUAUUAUUAUUAUUACUACUACUACUACUAUUACGAAGACGACGACGACGACGACGAAGACGACAAAAAAUAUUACUAUUACACGUCUCUCUUCGACAUGUUUCAAAAUCGAACGAUAAUAAGCGACGUGAAUCGUUAUUGACAAAUUCCCUAUACCUGGAGGUCUUCUUUCACAAGACUUAAGGAAAUCUAAAGGAUAGGUGAGCGACAUAACGAGUAUUACGUUCUAACCUGUUCUGUAAGUCGCCUCGCAAAAUUUUUAUCGUCGUCGUCGUAAUAUAUUAUCUUAUAUUCUUUGUAACAUGCAUUAUUACGGAAUAUAGAAUAAAUACGUCAUACGUACGUAAGUACGUACGAAUACGUACGAAUAGGAAAAUAUAAGAAAACAAUGAAGAAAGAUUUGACCUUUUCGAUCGAAGAAUCGAAAAAGUAUCGUAAAUAGAAAAAAGACACGGUUUCUUCUGCGUUUGUGUAUAUGUGUAUAUGUGUGUGUGUGUGAGUGCGUGAGUGCGUGCGUAUGUGCGCGGCAUUUAAAAGUGUGUAAACGAUACGAGGAUAACGACGACGAUAAGGACGAGAACGAAAAGAUUCGUCCCUAUUUUUUUCCUUUUAUGAGGAUAUACGAUAUACGGACGAAUUGAAAGCAACGAGAACGUUGGUUAAUUCGUUGGUGGGUGGUAGGUAUAAUGAUAUUAAACGUUUAGUAGUGUGCGAAUGAAUGUUAGAUUGAAAAGAGAAGAAGGGAAUACGAACGGGUGAAAGAGGGAAGGAAAAAGAAAGAAGAAAAGAAGAAAAGAAAAAAAUAAAAUAGAAACAAGGAGUGAGAGAGAGAAAGAGAGAGAGAGAGAGAGAGAGAGAGAGAGAGAGAGAGGAUUAGAAAUAGAGAUAAAUAGAAAGAAAGGAAGGUGACAUCUCUUCUGGCGUGUAUCAUAAAUGUUUUCGUAUUUUUGAAAUAAUACGAAUAAAGUAUAAUAUUACCGAGUAUAUUAUUAUUCGGUUUAUUAUAUUUCUCGGUUUGGAAACGAGGAUUUGGUAUAUUAAUGUAAUACGUUUGUGAAUGUGCGCGGGUGAGUCGGUGAUACGUGCGGACGGGAGAAACGGACCAGCCUUUGGAAAAACAUGGUACACGAAGGCACAGGUUUAUGGCAUGCUGCUGGAUUCAAUGUGUCGAGGUGGCUGAUGGUUAUAAUACACGGCUAUCGGGUCACCAGUCUCAUCCUGUCUAUCUUACUUAACGUGCUGGUACCUACCGAGUACCACACGAGCACGGUUACUGCCGAGAUAGUAGUCGGUGCUGGAAACGGGAACGCUUUGGGGACGACUAUGACGACUACUACGACGACUACGACAAGAACGGCGACUACGACAACGUCGACGUCGUCGACUACGACGACGACGACGACGACUCUGAGACCAUUGGACGUCGAGCUACCACCCACUCUACCGAUGACCUUUGGUACCGAGAACUCAACUACGAUCUCAGCGCAAUCCGGUUCCAUGGCUUUGCUACCCUGCGUUGUUCACAAUCUUGGCGACGGAGUGGUAUCGUGGAUAAAGCGUAAGACUGUUCAGGAAUUAUUGACGGUCGGUCUGAUAACGUACGCUAACGACGAGCGCUUUCAAGCGAUUCACUUUCACCACAGCGAGGAUUGGACGUUGCAAAUAAAAUACGUACAGGGAAGAGACGCGGGACUUUAUCAGUGCCAAGUGUCAACGCAUCCACCUACAAGCAUAUUUUUGUUUCUCGAGGUUGUCGGCAAACGUCCACCCGAAGGAUGGCCAGUAAUGGUUUGGUUUCAUAGUGGUGACUUUAAUACAGGAACCCCCAAAAUUUGGGACGCCUCGAUUUUCGUCACGAAACAGAAGGUAUUGGUGAUAACGGUGGCAUAUCGUUUGAACAUUCUCGGAUUCUUCACAACGACGGACGGCGAGGCACCAGGCAAUUACGGUAUGUUCGAUCAAAUUGCGGCUUUGGAUUGGAUAAAGAAGAAUAUCGAACGUUUCGAAGGUUCACCAACGAACGUGAUAAUAUACGGUCACAGUUCAGGCGCAAUAUGCGUUGGCUUGCACAUGAUGAGUCCGCUUAGCAAAGGGAAAUUUUCAAAAGCCAUAGCUAUGAGCGGCGAUGCAAUUGGAUCGGUAGGUUCGCCUCAAACCGAGCUACCUGUCGUAGACUUUAUAGCUGAAAAAUUUGGUUGUUAUCGAUAUCCGACAACGAAAUUGAUGGAGUGCCUACGUCGAGUGGACGUAUUGGUUUUGGUGAGCCUAUCAUCGGUAAUAGAGACUUGGGGGCCGAUCAUUGAUGCCGAAACAAAUAACGGUACCGAACCUUUUUUACCAGAACAUCCAAGGGAUAUACUAACUGGUGGUAACUUCAAUGCGGUACCAUUGAUCGCUGGUUACACAAAAAACGAACAAUCAUUAGCUUAUAUAGAGUCAAUGACAUCCGAUGAUGAGUCGAGCGACGGUACUUUGUCCGAGAAAAAAUUCGAAAGUAUGAUAAUCGAAGAAUCGAACGUAAUCUUGAAUAAUAUAGAAGAUAACAGUACGUGUGUAAUGAAACCAGAGAUGUUGUCAGAUGCUAUUCUCUUUUAUUACAAACCUUAUCCACCCAAUAACGAUCAAGGCGUCCUUAGGGACAAAUAUCUUGAUCUACAAACUGACAAAACUUUUGCCUCGGGUUUGACCUUACUCGCUGGCGAAUUAUCCAAACAGGAGACCUCUUACGUUUAUAGAUUCGAUUAUCGUCCGAAAACUGAUCUUAUGGUACGUGACGUACCCGAAUGGGCUGGUGUUCCGCAUAUGUUUGACCUACCCUUCGUUUGGGGUUUACCCUUAACCACUACAGUCCAAUGGAACCCGGCCGAUAAAAAGAUGUCCGAAGUGAUGAUGAUGAUGCUAGCUAAUUUCGCUAAAACCGCUAAUCCGUCCUUGAACAAUGUCAAAUGGAAUCCGUAUACCAUUAAUGAUCCUGGGAUAUUAAUUAUCGAUAGAAAUGUCGACAUGAACGAGCCGAACGUAAUAGAUUAUAGAGCAUUCGCAUUUUGGAACGAAUAUUAUCCAAAAGUUUUAGAAGAGGCAACUAAUAAUUGUUGCAACAUCACGACCUCGGCUGCAAACAAAUCGAAACUAUCUAUUGAAUUUGUCUUCAUCGUAAUGAUAAUAAAUAUCCCUAUAUACGAAUUGUGUUUUAUUCGUUAAAUAAUAUUUCUAAACAAUCUUCACAAAUUUUACGAAAUAAAACGUACGGAGAGAGAGAGAGAGAGAGAAAAAAAAGAGAGAGAGAGAGAGAGAGAAAAAAGAGAGAGAGAGAGAGAGAGAGAAAGAGAGAGAUAGGUUUUUAAUUUUCAAAAGUGAUUUUCAAUUUAACCCUCGGAGACUUACCUGAAAAAUAAUUUAAUAAUAGCAACAUCGUUUUUCGAUACAUUGUGAUAUUUUUGACACGCCCAAUAAAGAUGUUUUUUUUUUUUCUUUUUUCUUCGUCCUCUAUUAAAACGGAUUAACAGUUCUAUGAUUAUCUUUUAUAAUUCAAUGUCGAUCGAUAAUGAUUUACUAAACAAUUUCUAUUCCGUCCAUAUUGCGUAUUAACAAUUAAUGUACUUAUCUUAACAUCGAUCUUUGUAACGCGUUUAUGUACAUACAUGAUGUAUGUUAUACGUAGAACGUCCAUUUUUAAUGCUUACCUAACAACAGAAGUGCCUUCUGAAUUAGCGAAAAUUGUACCAAACGAUGUAAAGCGGUUUUACCGAUUAGUAUUUAAGGGAUGUUAAUAUUAAGAACACGUUGAUUGACAUAAUAGAUAUAAGAAAAAGAAUAAAGAUAUGAUAAGAAAGUUGAUAGGUAACAUGUUACGUGUGACAAAAUUGAUCCGAGAUUGAAUGUAUAAAAAAGAAAAAAAAAAAAGAAAGAAAAAA